AAAAAAAAAAAAAAAAGUAAACAAACAACUGAAAUCAAUUGUGUUCGUGACAUUUAAUGCUAAGGCGAAGACAACUUUGAUUGGGAAAGGUUGUAGCUUGAUAGCCACGUUUGUCAUGUUACUUUCAUUUUUUUUAUGCAAAAAUAAUGUCCAGUCUGGUAGUCGGAUGUUGAAGUUGUCAAGCCCAAGGAAAUUGCGUCAGUUUUUCCUCGACAUACUGAUAAAGGUUGGUUGGUUGGUUGUGUGGUUCAUUGAUUAGCUAGCUAUACGAGCAUAAUAUACGUGUAUUUUUAUUGCAAAACUUGAGAUGAUUAGCUGCUCAAGGCAUCGACUCUCGGUCGACGGUCGCUAGCGUCGGUGUGGAUCCGCCUGUCAUUGUCGUGAGUCCGGCCCCAAUCUAAUAGCCCACUGUGAAGGCACAGGCUGUCGUAAUGUCGGAGCCCAAGGCACCCACCCCGACUCCGGCUGGAGACACAUACAAAGGAUGGCUAUUCAAAUGGACAAAUUACAUCAAGGGCUACCAGCGACGAUGGUUCGUCUUGAGCAACGGUUUACUAUCCUACUACAGGACCCAGGCGGAGAUGGGCCACACAUGCCGGGGCACCAUCAACCUGGCCACGGCCAACAUCGCGGUGGAGGACUCGUGCAACUUUGUCAUCUCCAACGGCGGGGCACAGACCUACCACCUGAAGGCCAGCUCUGAGGUGGAGCGGCAGCGCUGGAUCACCGCCCUGGAGCUGGCCAAGGCCAAGGCUGUCCGCAAUCAGGCCGAGUCUGAUGACUCUGGUGACGAGUGUCCGACGUCACCCCCUACCUCGGGACAGGGCGGAGGGGCACGUAACUCAGAGGUACAGUCCACACUACGCACGCUGGGCAGCAAGGUGGAAGACCUGAGCACCUGCAACGACCUCAUCGCCAAGCAUGGCUCCGCCCUCCAAAGGUCCCUGUCAGAGCUGGAGGGGGUGCGGCUGGGAGGCGACACGGAUGGCAAGAUCAGGCAGGUGACGGAGAGAGCCACGUUGUUCCGCAUCACCUCCAACGCUAUGAUCAACGCGUGCAGAGACUUCCUAGCGCUGGCCCAGGCCCACAGUAAACGGUGGCAGAAAGCCUUGCAUUCGGAGCGGGACCAGAGGAUAAGGCUGGAGGAGACAUUGGAGCAGCUAGCCAAGCAGCACAACCACCUGGAGAGGGCCUUCAGAGGGGCAACCGUACUGCCCCUGUCCCAGAGCAACCCUGCCCUGGACAGCAAGAGUUCGGGUUCAGCAAAGGGAGACGCAAGCGACGAGGAUGAUGAAAACGAGUUCUUUGACGCUAUGGAGGACCCGGCGGGGUUCAUCACUGUACCGGCCGACCCCAAGUAUCAUAGGUCAGGAAGUAACAUCAGUGGUCUCAGCGCUGAGACUGGAAUCGAUGACCAAUCGCUUUGUGACGAGCAGUCAUUGGGGUCCAAUCCGGAGUCGCCCCAGUCCCUGGAGGUGGAGCCAGUGAGGAAGAGGCGGACCAAAAUCCCAGACAAGCCCAACUAUUCGCUGAACCUCUGGAGCAUCAUGAAGAACUGCAUCGGCAAAGAGCUCUCCAAGAUCCCCAUGCCUGUGAACUUCAACGAACCGAUCUCCAUGCUGCAGCGUCUAUCCGAGGACUUGGAGUACUACGAGCUCCUGGACAAGGCGGCUAAGUGCCAGAGCUCUCUGGAGCAGCUGUGCUACGUGGCUGCCUUCACCGUUUCAUCCUACUCCACUACGGUCCACCGCACAGGGAAACCCUUCAACCCCCUACUGGGGGAGACCUACGAACUGGACCGGCUGAGGGAGAGCGGCUACCGCUCACUAUGUGAACAGGUGAGUCACCACCCACCUGCAGCUGCUCAUCAUGCCAUCUCAGAGAGAGGCUGGACCCUCCGACAGGAGAUCUCCCUCGCCAGCAAGUUCAGGGGAAAAUACCUCUCCAUCAUGCCUCUGGGCUCUAUCCAAUGUAUGUUUGAGAAGAGCAACAAUCACUACUCGUGGAAGAAAGUCACUACAACAGUACACAACAUCAUCGUGGGCAAAUUGUGGAUCGACCAGUCGGGAGAGAUAGACGUGGUGAACCACCGGACCGGCGACUGCUGCCAUCUCAAGUUCGCCCCGUAUAGCUACUUCUCCAGAGACGUGGCCAGGAAGGUGACUGGUGUGGUGACCGACAAGGAGGGUAAGGCCCACUAUGUGCUGUCAGGGACGUGGGAUGAGAAGAUGGAGUUCUCCAGGGUGAUGCAGAGCAAUAAGGGAGAGAACGGCACCGAGGGCAAACAGAAGACCGUCUACCAGACGCUCAAAGCCAAGGAGCUCUGGAAGAAGAACCCACUACCUGAGGGAGCGGAGACCAUGUACUACUUCUCGUCGCUGGCGCUGACGCUCAACGAGUUCGAGGAGGGCGUGGCGCCCACCGACAGCCGGCGACGGCCCGACCAGCAGCUGAUGGAGGCGGGCCGGUGGGACGAAGCCAAUGCCGAGAAGCAACGGCUGGAGGAGAAGCAGAGGAGCGUCCGCCGCGAGAGAGAGAGAGAGGCCCAGCGCGCAGCCAACCUGCCCGAGGAGGGGGCAGAAGGGGUGGAGGUAGCAGAGGACGCUGUCAUUGAGGACUCUUUCAUCACUGACUCGCCUUUGAAAAGCGUCCACCAGGACAACUAUGAGGCGAUGUGGUUCGAGAGGACCGAGGACGUCGUCACGGGAGAGUACAUGCACGUCUACAAGGGGGGAUACUGGGAGGCGAAGGACCACGGCAACUGGGACAUGUGCCCAGAUAUAUAUUGAUUUUCACCCCCCCCGAUCAGCGAAUUGUACUAACCCAGGCAUUUGGAACAAGCCACAAGCUGCCCUUUUUCCCCCCCAAUUGAAGAAGGGACAAACUGGGUAUCGACCCUGUUUAACCCCAACCCUCCCUCUUUCAGGUUAGAUUUUGGGUUGUAAUGCCCCUUACCUCUCCCCUAUCACUCUCUGUGGGGAUGGUGUGCAUAGGGGCUGUGAGACCCUGUAGGACAAUGCAACCGGACAGGGGGAAAGACCUGCUUUCUUCUGCCUUCAUCUUCCGUGUAGGGUCAAGUUGCCUCUAGAUGCUGAUCUGGGGUCAGUUUUGCAUUUGCCCCCACUAAUGUUUAAGGUAUGGAUUAGGGGAGCCGAAGCUGAUCCUAGAUCUGUAGCUAGGGAAAACGUCACCCCUGAAGCUUCAUCUUCACUACAAUGAUUAGAUAUCUCCCUUUAGAGCCACUGGCUAGACCUCUGUGUCUUCUGUUUCUUCCUUUGCUGCUCUCUUUCGCACCCACUCCAUCUCUUGCUAUGUUAGUCUGUGGAAAAGACUGGGGGCAGAUGGGUGGUCUGAUUGAUUAGUGUUAAAUCGCUAGAAUCUAUCAAACACUAACUCUACCUUGCUCCUCUUCCAAAGGAUAUGGACUAACUGCAAAUGGACAUGAACAGUUUGUGUGAGAGUAUAUGUCUGUGUGUGUGAAGAGGGGGGGUUAUAAUAGCAAUGGGUUGGUGCUUGUCUGCUUUGAGGCUGCCAGAUUUUCAAAGCUUCACAAAUGCUGUUUAAGAGGUGUGUGUGUGUGUUUUUGUUUGAGAGAACGGGGGUGAGCAACAAAUGCAGGAGCCCACGUGUGUGUGUGUGUGUGUGUGCUUGCGUGUGAGAACCCGGUGACAUCACAUUAGCUCCUCUGCUGUGGCUGUUAUCCCUCUUGAAGCAGCGGAAUCGGCUAAAUGAAGGAUGUAUCGUCAUAAAAUACUAUUUAAACAGUUUCUACUACGUCCUACAUCCCAAAGAUGACUUCCACCUCUUCAACAGCAAAACAACCUAGCGUAGCCUUAUCGUUUUUUAUUAGGGUUAGUGUAUGAAGCAGACUCGACCAUAACAUUGGAAUAGUGGCCUAGUAAUUUAGUGUCCAAAAUGGCACCCUAUUCCCUAUAAAGUGCACUUAUUUUGACCAGGCCCUGGUCAAAAGUAGUGCACUAUAAAUGAAUAGGGAUGCAUUAAGAGAUUAACUAAAGUAGAUUACAAGUGUGUGUGCACUAGUACAGAAUGUGAGCUUGAGUGCGAGGUUUGAGUUCCAAAAAAUAAAUUGCAUUUUAUUUUCAAGUGUACUUACAAAAUGUUUUUGAGACCGAGGGAAAAAAAACUAUACAAAGCGAAACAGAACAUUGCUAAUAUUUGUAUAUAUCAAAGUAAUUAGUGCUAAUAAUAUUGAUUAGUUAGAUCUAAGUAUGGUGAUUGUGUUUAAGGUCAGAGAGAACUCCCAUUUGUUUCUGUAAAAUAGAACAUGAGUCUUUCUCCAUUAAUUGUAAGUCAACUGUAACUUGUUUGAUUACUUUUUUCUCCUACUCCCUGGCCCUGUACACACUUACUUUGUACAAUACAUUUGAUCCAGUUACACUGCUGUGAAGACACAAUAGUUGUAAAAAAAAUUAUCAAGUGUUGUACAACUAGAGUGUACUGGACCUGUCUUAGGAGUUGAAUGUUGUUCACAUGGUCUGUCCCUCCAUUUGUUGUAGUUCCCCAUCUUUUUAAGCUCAUUCAUUCUCUUAUGGAUCUUGGUCAGUGCGCUGAGUAUAACAGCAUCGCAGGGUGAUGUAAUAAAGCCUGACUGGAGAAGUGCA